CUUUAUGUCUUAUCUUUUAGUGACAAGUGGUUCAACUUUUUUUCUGUCUUCUAUUUAAUAAAUUUAUUAAUAUAAACAAACAGUACACUAGUUGAUUCUAAUUAUUAAUUUGUAAUUGACUGUUUUUAUAAAAUAACAUGUUUUAAUAAUAAUAAUAAUAUAUUGAAAAUUAUUUUGUCAGUGGUAUUUAAUCAUAUAAAAUGCCGGAAGUAAUGAUAGCUGGUAUACCGGUUAAUUUUCCAUUUGAACCGUAUGAGGUACAGAAAACAUAUAUGGAAAAAGUAAUUGAAAGUUUACAAAACAAUACUAAUGCUUUGUUGGAGUCUCCUACAGGAACAGGAAAGACUUUGAGUUUACUUUGUUCAUCUUUGGCAUGGUUAUUGGUAAAAAAGGCUCAAUUACAAAUGAACGCGCAAAUUGGCAAUUUUUCGGAGCACAGCGGUUUCAGUGGGCCUUUGAAAGAUAGUUUAAAGUCAGGUGCGGGGAAAGGAAAGGAUAAUGUGUCGUGGGGAAUGCCUAAAAUUAUUUAUUCUUCUCGAACUCAUUCACAGCUUACUCAGGCUAUGCAAGAGUUGAAAAGAUCUAGCUAUAGACAUGUAAAAGCUGCUGUUCUGGGCUCUCGAGAUCAAAUGUGUAUACAUCCAGAAGUUUCGAAGGAGACCAACAAUACUAAUAAGGUUCACAUGUGCCAGUUGAAGGUUAAAUCUCGAACCUGUCAUUUCUAUAACAAUGUUGAGUCCAAAAAAGAUGAUAGAGCUGUGAAAGGUGAUGAUAUAUUGGACAUAGAAGACUUAGUGACUGUAGGAAAAAAGUUAAAAUGUUGUCCCUAUUAUUUGUCAAAGGAAUUGAAGCAAGACGCAGAUAUUGUAUUUAUGCCUUAUAAUUAUAUCUUAGAUCCUAAAUCAAGAAAAGCCAAUGGUGUGGAGCUUAUGAAUAAUAUUGUGAUACUGGAUGAAGCUCAUAAUGUUGAAAAGAUGUGUGAGGAGUCAGCAUCAUUGCAGGUUAGAACAACUGAUGUUGCUCUUUGUAUUGAUGAAAUAACCCAUGUCAUGAGAUCAUUCAGUGAGAAUAGUGAGGACCAAAUGGAGGCAACUGUUGAAAAUAGUCAGGCUAAAGAUUUUACAUGUGAUGACUUGUGUGUAUUAAAAGAAAUGAUGUUGGCAUUGGAGAAAGCAAUUGAUGAAAUUAAUGUGGGCAGUGAAGGUGCUACUUACCCAGGUGGAUUUAUAUUUGAACUGCUAUCAAAAGCUGAAAUCAAGGAUCAUAAUCAAAUGGCUGUUAUAACAUUAAUAGGUAACCUCAUUCAAUAUUUGUCAACUGCUAGUGCAUCUCCAUUUCAGCGCAAGGGUGUUGGGUUGCAGAAAAUUGUUGAUUUAUUAAAUGUUGUAUACAGUGGUACAACUCAUGCUUAUAAAGAGAGAGUUAAAUUGUGUUAUAAAGUUCACAUACAAGUGGAAGAUAAAAAGAAUCAUAAAAAGUCAGACAGCUGGGGAACUUUGAAAGCAACAAAUUCUAAAACUGCAGAACGUGUAUUAAGUUAUUGGUGCUUUAGUCCUGGUUUUGGUAUGAAACAAUUAGUAGAACAAAACGUCAGAAGUAUAAUAUUGACCAGUGGUACUUUAGCACCUUUGAAACCAUUAAUAUCAGAAUUGGGUAUUCCUAUUGGGGUACAGUUGGAAAAUCCUCAUAUAAUCAAGAGUAAUCAAAUAUGUGUAAAAAUUAUUAGCCAGGGUCCUGAUUGUACACAACUAAAUUCAAGUUAUCAGAAUAGAGACAAUCCUAAAUAUAUUUCUUCUCUAGGUAGAACAAUAUUAAGUUUUUGUCGAGUUGUGCCAGAUGGACUUUUGGUGUUUUUCCCAUCAUAUCCUAUUAUGUCAAAAUGCCAGGAAAUGUGGCAAGCAGAAGGAAUUUGGUCAAGUAUAAAUAAUAUAAAACCAAUUUUUGUUGAGCCACAGAGAAAGGAUACAUUUAAUACUGUAAUAAAUGAUUACUAUUCAAAAAUAAGUGACCCCAGUACUAAAGGGGCUUGUUUUUUGGCAGUUUGUAGAGGUAAAGUUUCUGAGGGCUUAGAUUUUGCUGAUAUGAAUGGAAGAGCUGUUAUUAUUACUGGAUUACCAUUUCCACCACUUCGAGAUCCUAGAAUAAUCUUAAAGAAAAAAUAUUUGGAAGAACUUCGUACAAAGGAAAAAGAUUUUCUUUCUGGAGAUGAGUGGUAUUCUUUAGAAGCCACAAGGGCAGUGAACCAAGCUAUAGGCAGAGUCAUUAGGCAUCAAAAUGAUUAUGGUGCAAUCUUACUUUGUGAUAGUAGAUUUAAUAGUCCAAAACUGAAAAGCCAAUUGUCUGCUUGGUUAAGAGAUCAUAUUAAUGUAUCUAAUAAGUUCGGAGAGACAGUCAGUGAGAUAUGCAGAUUUUUCAAAAAUGCAGAAUCAUCAUUACCACCUCCAAAACUGAAGCCUUUGUUGCCUCAUGAAUCAAAUAUAGGUUACAAGGAAAACAUGGUUACUAAUGUCACUGGGGUAUCAUUUCCUACCACCAAUUCUAGAGUCUUACACAAAAGUACUAGUAAAAAAGUAGUAAAUCAAUAUCCCAAUUCAAAUGAAGUGUAUGCAAAUUUUUCGAUGGAUUUUUACAAGAAUGCACAGUCUACAUAUAUGAAUGAAUUUAAACUGAAAGAAGCAAAGGAUUUAUUCAGUGCAUUAGAUUGCAAUAAUGAAUCUGGUCAGUCAACAUCACAAUCUCUAGUCAAUAUUCACAAAAGGAAUAUUGUUGAAAUUCAAGAUGUAGUAAUGGCUAAGAAAAAGAAAUUAAAAAUUAAACCAUUUGGAUUUGAGGAAAACCUGAGAAGUUCUGAAAUAUUGGGUGAUCCUGUAGAAAAAAUAGCACCUACUUCACUAAUAGAUUUUGUAAAAGAAAUUAAAACAUUACUCCAAGCAGAUCAAUACAAACAGUUUCAGUUAUCUAUCUCUGCGUAUAAGAAAGAUGGUGACUAUACACAGUUUAUAAAUAUUUUAAAAAGCAUAAUGGAAAAUAGGAAAAUGUUUUAUUUAUUUAAAGGUAUGAAAAGAUUUUUAAAAGAUGAACAUAAAAAUCUUUUUCAAGAGUACUGUGAUAAUGUAAAAUUUUAAUGACUGACAUGAAGUUUCUAGAUAAAUAAUAUAAUUUAAUUUAUAAUGUAUAUGAAUGUGAAAUAAUAAAAAAAUAUGAACUA